AUGGAUAUAAGGGAAGUGAAGAGAAUUGACUGCGCGUCCAGUGAAGACAUAAUAUUGAAAGGAGAUGAUUUUGCUGAACUUGAAAGAUUAAAGAUGGUUCUUACCCCUGAAUUUAAUAUUAAGGACUUGGGUACAAUGAAGUACUUCCUAGAUAUUGAAUUCUCUAGGUCUAAGAAAAGGAUAUUUAUUUCUCAACGAAAAUAUGUGCUUGAUUUGCUAGGGGAAACAGGUUCGCUAGGGUGUCAAGCGACUGAGACAUCUAUAGAGUCCAACUUAAAAAUGCAACAUGCCAAGCCUGAAGAAGUAAUCGACAAAGGAAAGUUUCAAUGGCUAGUUGGUAAACUAAAUUACCUUUGUCACACUUGUCAUGAUAUAGCCUUUGCAGUUAGCAUAGUAAGUCAGUUUAUGUACUCACCUGAAAAGGAACAUUUUGAUGUUGUUUAUAGAAUACUGAGAUACUUAAAAGGAACUCUAGGAAAAGGUCUUCUAUUUGAAAAUUGUGGGUAUCUUCAAGUUGAAGUUUACACAGAUGCAUAUUGGGCUAGGAGUAAAAUAGAUAGAAGAUCAACUUCUAGGUAUUGCACCUUUGUUGGAGGUAAUUUGGUUACUUGGCGGAGUAAGAAGCAAAAUGUGGUGGCUAGGAGUAGUAAAGAGGCAGAGCUUAGAGUAGUUGCUCAUGGGAUUUCUAAAGUUUUGCGAGUAAAAAAAACUGCUGGAAGAAGUAAGGGCUACCAAUCCGCUACCUAUGAAAGUUUACUGUGA